ACAACGAUCAGACUGCAACUGCACUCCCACUACAUAGCAGUACUUUGCCUCUAGCUUUCCCCUCUGAUGGGAAAUCAGCUGCUUCUUUCUGAUGGGCUCUAGAAUAAAGGAGCAUUGCAACUCAGAGGCACUUUAAGGAUAAAGCACAGAACUCGUAACACACAACGACAUAGGGAAUUUCUAGCACAAUCGCUUAUUUCAAAACCAGACAGCUAAGAACCAGAGAAAGUAUUAUCCAGACCUCGUCAGUAAAGAUUAUUUAUGCAGAGAGCACAUCCUGCUGAGAUCUGAUACACAGAGAUUAGUCUGAAGAUGAACUGACCACGCUUUGGAGUAACCCGUGAUAUCUGUCUGAUCCACUUGCCUUUGUAUCCAUGGAUGAUUUGCCUCGGAAUGAAGAUGACCAACCUAGACAGGGAGCACCAGGCAGAACGGGACUUUUUCAAGUACAUCAUGCAACUAAAAUAUAAAGCAUCCCAACUAAAUCAAACUCCAGGACGGAAUGCCAAGUUCUCCAGAUUAAAUCUGAAUAAAAUAUUAUCAACGUUUUUACCCCCACCUUAAAGAAGCAAUGAAUUCAUCUGGUGGCGUGGAAGAUAUUAACUCAUCUCUGCUUGGCUUUACAGUGCACAGCAAUCAGUCCAUACAGAUAGUGGGAAAUGAUAGCCAGGAGUUGAAUGUAGAAGAACUGGAAAAAAUGUUAUUUCUCUUUGACAAAGAACCUAUCACUAUUACCCUUACUACUAUGUAUGUCCUCUCAUUCGUUGUAGGUAUUAUUGGCAAUAUUAUGUCUAUUAAGGUUCUGACUGGAAAACGGAGUGGAAGGACAUCUAGUUUAAGUGCCACCAGAAGCCUGCUUAUCAAUUUGGCUAUAUGUGACCUUAUGGUGGUUUGUAUCUGUAUGCCCAUUACAGUUGGCAACUUAAUAUAUAAAGUAUGGGUAUAUGGAGAUUUUCUGUGCAGAGCAGUGCCUUUUAUCCAAGCUGUGUCUGUAUCUGCCAGUGUGCUUAGCCUAACAGUUAUUAGUGUGAACAGGUACUAUAAUGUACAUAACCCUCUUAACGCCAGAUCUUUCUUUACCCAAAAGAAAAUAUUAUGUACCAUUGUAGUGGUGUGGGUUGUAUCCUCCAGUAUAUGCAUGCCUCUAAUAUUUAUGAACAGAAGAGAUGAGAUAGCAAUCAUUCCAGGUUUGCCAUUUGUUUUCCCAAUCUGUCUAGAAAUAUGGCCCCAUGUUAUGUUCAAACAGGCAUAUAACUUCCUCUUGUUCUGUGCUUUGUAUUGCCUGCCAGUUCUCUUCAACAUGGUCAUUUGCUUCCUGACUAUACGCAAACUUUGGAGCUCUGCCUACAAUUUUAAAGAGUGUGACUCAAGAAACCAGUCUUUGCCAGUUUCCAGACUCAAAGUCAGAAAGAAAAUCGCUAAAAUGGUGGUUGCCUUGGUAUCACUUUUUGCAGUUUCCUGGUUACCAGUUUACAUGUUGGACAUCUGGAUUGAUUUUAACAUUCCCCAGCCAUCUCAGGAAGAUACUCCUUCACCUUGGAUUCUUCAUCUGAGACCAUUCGCUCAAUGGCUUGGACUCACUAACUCCAGUCUCAACCCAAUAUGCUACUGUUUUGUAGGAGACCUCUAUAGGUCGGCCAAGCAAAUGAAGAGCAUUUAUCACAACAGAAUGAUUUCUCUUUUCAGUUUCUCAUUUUCCGAUGGAUCUCCACCAUCGAUGCCUAGGCUACUCUCUUACAAAAACUCAGUUAGUUCCGCCAAGAACUCAAAAAACAGUUGUCCACUAGCAAUGGGGGACGCUUGUGAGAACUGCUACCCUGUGAUCAACGUGUGUGAAACUUCUGCUGUAAAAACCAUACCACGCCACCAGUUGAGUUAAAGUGCCAUUACAUUAAAUGAUGGACUUGAAAAUAUAUAUUUAUAAAAAUCUAAAAAAAAGACUCAUGAAACACCACCCCUGGAAAUGUUUAUAGUAAAUUAUCACACUGAGUAAAUUCAAAAACAGAUUUACAGUAUCAAGAAAAAAUAUAAUAUUUUCUAUGUGUUUUAUUACUUUGAAUGCAGUAUUUCAGUAACAGUAAAUUUUUAUUGACAUGUUAAAUCUUCACCCAUCAAGAACUACAAAUUCAUUAUUUUGGUAAGUCACUAAGAGCACACAACUUUCAAAAGCACUUUACAAUAUAUUGCUGCAACCAAUGUACAAAUUAUGUGAAUCUGGCCUUCAGAAAAUCAUAUCCGGAAUGAAUAUACUUCAUAACAGAAUUAAUGUAAACAGAUGGGAGCAUUGUAUUCAGAAGUACACCAACGGGAGGUGGGUGCAAAACAUUUUGAGAAUUUUCCCCUUUCUCAAAUGUCAGACAUUCUGUUUAUCAUUCUGUUUGACCCUUGGGAAACCACAGUACCCUGAAAAAUAGGCUUUUGCCAACUUUAGGGGAAAUGAAUAGUAACAUGGUCAGUGAACCAAAACACUAUAGUUAAGCUGGAGCACCCAACUUACCUGUGACUAGAAAGGAGCAGUUUGUUCUGAUAAAGUUUGUAUUGUCCAUAGUAUUGUAUUCCUGACAUUGAAAUACUGGAUUCUACAAAUCUUAAGCGUGGAUGAAAUUAUAAUGGGUGAUUCUACCAUGAGCACCAAGCUUUAGACAGAGCAUCUGCAAAGGGGGCAAAUGGCCAGCUAAAGAAGAGAUAAACAUGCACUUAUACAGAGGUGUCCAUGAAAAUUUACUGCGUGAAAUGUACGGUGGGAAAAUAAGCUCUCUGCAAAGCCUGCAUACCAUCCAGACAAUUGAUAAUGGUAAAAUGGGGGUCCAGGAGGUCAAUCUCAAUCUCAAUUCUCACCUAAUCCCAUCAUUCCUUAUUCUUCUAGACCAGCGGUUCUCAACCUGUGGGUCAGGACCCCUUUUGGAACCAAGACACCGCUCCUCUAUGGUUGGGGGUCACCACAACAUGAGGAACUGUAUUAAAGGGUCGCGGCAUUAGGAAGGUUGAGAACCACUGUUCUAGACAGCUGUGUAGUACUCUCCAACCCUGAAAUAACUGAAGGUCAUGUUUGCAUCUCCUGCAGAAGCAUCAUCCAUGAUGAGGUUCUUGCCUUAUCUUGUGGCAGAAACAACCCCUGGAAUAGCCAACUCAGUUACCAGAAUCACCUAAAGUAAAUGUUGUCCUAUUUAUUUCCAUUAUUCCAUUAAAUUCUAAGGAAUAGGGUUCUUUACAUGAAAAGAUUUACAGCAUAAGAGAAAAUUAAAUAUUUUAUUUGUUUUUGUGAUAGAGGAAUGUCCAACAUUUGCUUGACCUGUUGCUUAUUGACCUAAAUUGUCAUCAUCAAUUGACUUGUAGGUAUGGAACUAGUCUAAUAAGAACUGACAUUUCUCCUUCUUAGAGCAAGUGUUUAAUUCUUAAAGAAGGUUUUCAAGGCCCUUACAGAGAUGUGAUUGAGAUAUUCUUUACAGGAACACAUUUCACCCUUGGUGGGUAUGCCAUUGCGACAGACAUACAUACAGUCAGCUGCACCUGUGCUCUUAGGAGGUGAUAAAAGAGACCUGAUUCCUGAUGUCUGGUUCUCAGCAGUCAACAUGAAAACCUUUCAACAGGUUCUUUUUUUUCAGAGCCUAAAAUAGUACUCUUACCAUUCAUUAUAAUGUUGCCCCAGCAUUUCAAACUCAAUAGACCAGGUGUUUAUAUAAUGAAGACCAUGCUACACCUAAUAAAUCAUACAUUGUCAGUCACUGACAUCAGUAGGUUCUGAUCUCUGUACAAAAUAGCAGUGCAAAGAAAGGAGAGAAAGUUGGAGACAGCAUUACCAUCAAUUAGUGAAUUAAAACUGAAAUGCUGGCGCUUUCCUCAUUGUAAAUAAUUAACUGGGUAUUUAGCACUGCUGAAAUGGUCAUUAAUAGGGGGCAAAAUAUUCAAAACAUGGCUUUUAGAUAAAGCCUAAAAACUGUUGGUUUGCAGCAAUUUAGGAUUAAGCCCUGCUGAUAUGUACCAUGCCUUGCAACUGGGCACUGCUUGGUCUACAGUUUGGCUCCAUUUCCAUGGUCUGUCUGUAUAUAUAAUUGUAAACAUAAGAAUCUUGUUUGAUGUGUAAAUAGUUGUCAAUGUUGUUUAUAAUAAAAUAAUAAAGUGAAUUAUUUGUUUAAAAAA